GAAGUUUGACAUGGAGGGCAAUGUGUUGCUGUGCAGGUAUGGAGACCGUUAAGAACAUAUCACCUACUUUGUCCCUGUCUGUGCAGCGGUCCUGUCAAGUUAAAUGAACUCACUGAGAGGAGGAGAGAGGGGGAGGAAAAAAGGUAGGACUACAGAGAGGAAAGGAUGACAAGGAGAGAGGACUCGCGGAGAGCUAGAGCAGCGCAAAGAGCGAGAGAGAGACGGAGAGAGGGAGGGAGAGAAGAAGCAGGCAAUUACACCCAGCUCCUCUCCAACAGCCCCAUUCCUCGCCUCCUUCAAGCCAAGCGGAGCGCCAGCACGAGCCAUAGGAUUUUAACGCGCGCCAACAGGAUCGGAGAUUUCUCGGGGAUUGGUCACCAAACGCGGAGGAGAACGGGAUACAGUAUCACAGAUAAAGAGUUUUGAUUUGAAAUAAAAAAGAGGCAAAAAAAAUCAUCUAGAUUGGACUCCUGUAGAUUUCACAAGUAUAAGACUCAUACAGCUGCACCUGCGCGUCUUGCGUGUCCUCUCUGUCUCUGGGGAUAAAAGUGCGUAAAUAUUUUUUUGUUUAUUUUUUUUUACCGUUUUUACGCAAGGUGACACGCCGAGCUGGAGACACGCGGAUACGGUCCUGGAAGAACGAUGUUGAUCGGUACAUCAGCCCAGGGCAGCCCGCUUUUGGCUUCCCUCCCUGUCCCAGGACGGCCUCUGCAGCCUCAGCUCGACCUCAAACACCUCCUGCCCUUCAGACUCAAUGGAUCCUCUCCCCUUAGCCUCUUCCCUAACUUUAACACGAUGGACCCUGUCCAGAAGGCAGUGAUCAACCACACAUUUGGUGUCCCUCAACCCCUCAAGAAGAAACAGAUCAUCUCCUGCAACAUUUGCCACCUGCGCUUUAACUCAACGAACCAAGCAGAGGCCCACUAUAAAGGCCACAAGCACGCCAGGAAACUCAAAGCCAUGGAGGCCCAGAAGAACAGGCAGCGGCGAGCCGGGGACGCCUCAUCCGCGGGGAGGGAGAGGGACAGAGACAGGGACCGGGAGCGAGACAGAGGCAGGACGUCCGCGUCUGAGGCGACUCUUCCUGCGCUCAUGGACACAAGCUUAGUGGAGGGAACAAGUCUUCAGUCUGAUUUAGAACCAGCCAACCUGGAGGUAAAGCUCGCAGAGAGUCCCAGGAGCUCAGUUAUGCUGACGCCGGUAUCUGAGGUUUCCUCCGUGGAGCUGGUCACCCUCUCCCCUCCGCAGAUCUCGCCUUCCUCACAUGUUUCUGAGACGGCAUCGGACACCAGUGCCCCCGAGGCCCCGGAGGCUGCAGAGGCCGCGGAGGCCGAGGAUCCAACCAAUGAGUCGGGCAGCCGCGCGGACACGUCCAGCACGAACGGGGAGCCGCACCCGGAUGACGACAAAGACCCCAAGAAGAGCAAAGCUCACCUCCACUGUCCUGUUUGUAAAGUCACAGUCAACUCCGCCUCGCAACUGGAAGCACAUAACAGCGGUACAAAGCACAAACUGAUGCUGGAGGGUCACAGUGUUCUGCCGCGGCGUAGGGGUAAAGUGGUGGCGGCUCGCGCCACCUGCAAGAGCAAGCGGUUGGGAAGCAAAGGCAGCGUCGGGGUGCCCAGCAAGAACUUCCAGUGUGAAGUGUGUGAGAUCUUUGUGAACUCUGAGACCCAACUGAGCCAGCACAUGAACAGCAGAAGGCACAAGGAUAGGCUGGCCGGAAAACCACCCAAACCCAAAUUCACCCCCCACAGCAAGAGCCAGCCGAGCUCCAGCUUAGCGAACGUGAGAUGGAGUGGCUAUGCAGGCGUGGCUGUGUCUGCCAUGAAGAAAGCGUUCAGCCAGUACAACCUCACCUCCCUCUCCUCGCAGACCAAACUGGCCUUGCAGAAGCAGCUGACCAAGAGUUUGACAACUGGCUUCCUGCCCAGCCCCCUCACCCCGCCAACUCUGUGCACAGUGGCGACUAACCCGCUGGCUCUGCGCCACCCGGUGGGCACCACCACCUUCAUCCAGACCCCAUUCCUGGGCCCCGCACUAUUCCGGCCCGCCCCGGGGCCGCUGCGGGCCACACACACACCCAUCAUCUUCUCCCCCUACUAAAGACCUGACCCACCUCCCCAUGUGAGCUCCACCCCUGUCCCUUUACCAAAUCCAAGGCCCUCCUUUAGUGUGACCCACACAACUAAGGCCACGCGCAAACUAUGCAGCCCACCUGACUUAAAAUGGGAAGAGUCCUGACGCUCGCCAGGCCAUCAGGUCUGAGAGCUGUUCAGCUUAUCAUAAAGGCCAAGAUCCCCCGUCAUGCCUUCUUUCUGCUCCUCUUAUAAUGACCUAAGGAGCAGGACAGGCCUCCAGACAGUGACUGGUGCUCUGAGGCCGCUUUUAUAGCCAUCUCAUGGGUCGACAUGGUUUGGAUUAUGGAUAUUAAUGUGUAAUUUAUUAGAGAACAAAUAUAGACGUAGAAGUCUAGAUGUAUGUUUAGUGUGGUUGCCACAAAAAUAAGGUCCCUUUACUUGAUGCUCUUUUAAAAGAAUUUUUAUUUAUUGGUUUGGAGGUACGAAGAAAAGUCAUUAUAGGUCAUUAACGCAGCUGAACCAGAGCCAUACCCGUAUGGCUGCACAAGACAGUCCUGUCGAUCAAUGUUUUCAACCAACACAUGUGAAAGAUCGUCUGAAGCCAAGUGCUGUGGCUUGGCGUCUUGGAUAUGGACCCAUUCUUAACUUCUUAAGAACAACUCCUCAUUGUGUGUGAUACGUGGAUCUAUAGCUACAUAGUGUUUGUCUAUGUGGUAAAACCCCAUUAGCACCGUUUUGCACCUCCAGCCCUCUGCCAAAUAAUGUUCCCCAAGCUCUUCUAUCUUUCUUUUGUAGUCACAGCCCUAGUCAUAGCCCUCGGGAUUUUUUUUUUUCUUUUCCUUUCCUAUGUCCUCAGGAUUAAGCACUCAUUAAGGUCCAGAAAAGGUCAGCUUGUCAACUUGACUUUGUUUCACUUAGCAAAUCUGUCUUCAGGUGAUUUUUUUUUAAUUAUCAUUAUAAUUAUUAUUAUUAUUGCUCCAGUGCAUCAUUCAUGCAGCGCAACUUGAACAUUAUGUUCUUGCCAUGCUAGCGGCGUGAAAUCAUUUCUGCAGCUAUGGAUGUCUUACGUUGCAAAACACCACGAUUUCCCUCCCCUCAACGACGGCUGUGCGUUUUUGUUUUUUUUUUCCUUCACCCCGCCACCGUCACCUCGCUUUGUUGCCCUUGAUUUUCUCCGGCGUUAUCUCGGCACGAGAUGAUGAGGAGCAAACGAAAGUGCUCUCCCAAUGCACGCUCCCGAUCGCACACAUAAUGAAAACA